ACAGAGCCAGCCAGGACUGGGACACGAUGAAGGCCCGGCAGGUGAUGACAGCCAGCCUCAGCCCCAGCCUUGGGCCCAGGGUUGCCCAGAAACCAGCAUUGGGCCGGAGCACCAGCCUCACCGAGAAGGAUCUAAAAGAGGCCAAGGCGAGGAGCCAGCAGAUCGCAGCCCAGCUGACCACCCCUCCCAGCUCCAACUCCCGCGGAGUCCAGCUCUUCAACAGGCGCCGGCAGAGGGUGAAUGAGUUCACCUUGGAGAGCCACGGCCAGAGGGGACAGAAGCCCAGCCAGGAGUCCCUCCGAGUGACCCCUGCCAGCCCCACAGGCCAUGCCCCAGGGCUCAGCCUGAGUGCCACCUCGGUCCCUAAGCCAGGCCCUCCGAGAAACCCCAACUGCCAGAGCUCUGAUAUAAGGGUCCCUGGUCACAGCAUGGAAGGCUGCUCAGAGGAGGCCAGCUUGCUGCGGCACCUGGAGAAGAUGGCCAGUGAGGAGGAAGAGGUACCACUGGUGGUUUAUUUAAAGGAGAACGCUGCCCUGCUGACAGCCAAUGGGCUCCACCUGUCCCAGAACCGAGAAGCCCAGGAGACCCCACCAACCCCACCAACCCCACCAACCCCGCCCCCGGAGGUCCACAGCCCAGCCACAGAUGUCAACCAAAACCUCCCCUCAUCCAGCACCACGCUCAUCACUCCAGCUUCUAACAGCAACCACAACCUGCCAGCCACAGAUAUCAAUCAGAACUUACCGGCAACUGUCACCCCGCAGAGCCUGCCACUUUCUAGUGUCCAACAGAAUUCUUCAGAAGCACAACUCCCGCCUAAUGGCACAGUGCCAGAUUUCAAACCCAGCACCCUGUGUGCUGGUGGGCAGCCCCAGGAGCCAGCUGCAGAGGUGAGAUCCAGCACCCUCGUAAUUGAUAAGGUAUCAGCUCCACCUACCACCACCAGCGCCUUCUCCAGAGAAGUUACUCCCAUCUCCAGCUCCGGGCCCCCAGCCCCAGAUUUCAUGUCCAGCUCCCUGCUCAUCGAUGUCCAGCUCGGCGCCCCAGUGGUGUCAGCAGAACAAGAGAUGUCCGGGCAGGCAGCCACAACCAUGCCCACCAAGCUGUACAGCGAGGUCCACCUCACGCUGGCCAAGCCCCCAUCCGUGGUCAACAGGACAGCCAGGCCCUUUGGGAUCCAGGCUUCAGGGAGCACCAGCCAGAUGGAGCGGAGCCCCAUGAUAGAGAGACGACAUCUUGGGGAGAAGGCCCUGGCUCCCCAGCACCCCAGCAUGGCAGACCGGAGUCCUCGGCCACAGAGACAUGUAAUGUCCCACAGCCCCAUGCUGGAGAGGAGGCCCAUGGCACAGCGAAGCCCCGCCUUGGAGAGACGCCCCUUGGGAGCCUUCACCCCGCCCCCUACCUAUGCUGAGACCUUGUCCACGGCCCCCCUGGCUUCCCGGGUUAGGUCUCCCCCCUCUUACUCUGCCCUGUACCCCUGCUCUGACCCCAAGCCUUCUCAUCUAAAGGGCCAGGCAGUUCCUGCCAGCAAGACAGGCAUUUUGGAGGAGUCAAUGGCCCGCAGGGGCAGCCGGAAAUCCAUGUUCACCUUUGUGGAGAAGCCCAAGGUGACCCCGAAUCCAGACCUGCUGGAUCUGGUCCAGACAGCUGAUGAGAAGAGGAGGCAGAGAGACCAGGGGGAGGCAGGCGUGGAGGAGGAGCCCUUCGCGCUGGGGGCCGAAGCCUCCAACUUCCAGCAGGAACCCACAGCCCGGGACAGGGCCAGCCCCGCGGGCGCUGAGGAGAAUCUCCCCGAGUGGGCCUCGUGCCUCAAGUCGCCGCGCAUCCAGGCCAAGCCGAAGCCCAAACCCAACCAGAACCUCUCCGAGGCCUCCGGGAAGGGGGCUGAGCUCUACGCCCGCCGCCAGUCCCGGAUGGAGAAGUACGUCAUCGAGUCUUCGGGCCACACGGAACUGGCUCGCUGCCCUUCACCCACUAUGUCCCUGCCUUCAUCCUGGAAGUACUCCACGAAUGCGCCUGGUGGCUUCCGAGUGGCAUCCCGAAGCCCAGCUCGGACCCCGCCUGCCUCCUUCUACCAUGGCUACCUGCCUGAGAACGGGGUCCUGCGCCCAGAGCCCACCAAGCAGCCACCCUACCAGCUGCGGCCCUCGCUGUUCGUCCUCUCACCCAUCAAGGAACCUGCCAAGGCCUUGCCUAGAGCUGCCUCGCCCAGAGCCGCCUCACCUGCCAAGCCGAGCUCCCUGGACCUGGCACCCAGCCUGCCCAAGGCGGCCUUCCCACCGUCUCCUGCCCUGCCUCGGCCCUCCCGCAACUCACCGGGCCUCUACACCUCCCCUGGCCAGGACGGCCUCCAGCCCACUACAGUGAGCCCUACCUACAGCAGUGAUAUCUCCCCCGUGUCUCCCUCCAGGGCCUGGUCUCCCCGAGCCAAGCAGGCCCCCAGGCCCUCCUUCUCCACCCGUAAUGCCGGGAUCGAGGCUCAGGACCGCCGGGAGAGCCUACCCACCUCCCCGCCCUGGACGCCAGGCACAUCCCGGCCCCCCAGCAGCCUGGACGGCUGGGUGAGCCCGGGGCCGUGGGAGCCGGGCCGUGGGAGCAGCAUGAGCAGCCCCCCGCCGCUGCCGCCACCGCCACCUCCCAUGUCCCCCUCGUGGAGCGAGCGCUCAGUAUCCCCGCUGCGACCUGAGGCAGAGGCGCGGCCCCCCAGCCGCCAGCUGCAGGCGCUCCUGGCGCGAAACAUCAUCAAUGCGGCCCGGCGCAAGAGCGCCUCCCCGCGGCCGGCGGGCGCCGAGAGCCUGCGCCCGUUCUCCCCGCCUAGGGCUCCGCCGCCUCCGCCGCCACCGCCGCCACCGCCGCCACCGCCGCCGCCGCGCAUGCGCUCGCCGCAGCCCGCCCGCCCCGGUUCGGCCGCGGUGCCCGGGGCCACAUUCGCUCCCAUCCCGCGGAGCCCACUGCCCACCGGGCCCUCGCUCUGCACCAGUCCCCAGAGCCCGCUGCCCGUGCCGCCCAAGCCAUUCCCCUACCGCCGCUCGCCCACGGACUCCGACGUGUCCCUUGAUUCCGAGGACUCCGGGGCUAAGUCGCCCGGCAUCCUCGGCUACAACAUCUGUCCCCGCGGGUGGAAUGGCAGCCUGAGGCUCAAGCGUGGCAGCCUCCCCACCGAGGCCUCCUGCACCACCUAAAGCCGUCCCUGCCCCCACCGCAUCCCUGCCUAGGGAGGGCCAGGCGGAAAGAAGAAUCAGGACUUGCAAGAUCCCAGCACCGCAUCCCCCAGGGGUCUGGCCUCUUUGAUAAACCCAGAGAUAAGGGGUCAGAGGAUGAAAGCUCUGGGCUUGGGGUUAGGGUAGUGAUCCAAGCUUGAGUUCUAGCCCUUGCUCAAGUCACUUGGGAAAGACCCUUCCUCUACUGCCCCUCAGCUUUCCCAUCUGUUUAAUGGAGCUUUGGCCAAGGCAAUCUCCAAAGGCCUAAAUUCCCCCUUCCAUCAAUACACGCACAUGAAUGCCUUGGAAGGGGUAGGGUGUUGUACAUAUGGACCCCCAGACUUGCUGCAUUGAAAGAUUCUAUAUCCCUCCCUCCCUGCCCUGCUCCUGUCUCUGGAGUCUGGCAAAUGAGGGGUGUGUUCAGAAGAUCCUAUGCCUAAAUUCCCUGUCCAGGCCCUGGCUUGACCAUCCGCCUCCCUGGCACCAAGUCCUAGGCAAGAGCAGCUGUUUUCCAUCCCUUCCCAGACAAGCUCUAUUUUUACCAUGGUGACCUUUAGAGAGGGUCUCCCGGGCCAGCUCAAGGUGCCCUGCUGUCCUCUCUGGGGAAAAGAGGCGGGAAGAUUCCUCUUCUCAGAUCCCUCUCACGCUUUUCUACACCCCAGCUAAGACUGCCCCGGGCAUCUUAUCUGCAGCCAGAGAAGAAAGCUGUAAGGCGACGAUUUCCCCCUUAUCCAGGACUUGGGCCUCCAGGAAUUCUAUAGGGUCCUCCAACCCAUCUAUCUCUUCUGGACCCUUUCAUGGCAGGCUUGGCUCAAAGUUUAGCUAGGGAGAGAAGAGUUAAUGUGGAGCUAAAUGCUACCCUCUGGCUUUACCCGAUGUUCCUGAGUUUGAGGUUGCCCAUUUGGAAGCAGGAAGGCAAGAGUUCCUGGUUAUGGGAGGUAUGCAAGCAGUGGCCAGGAUGCAUAGAGGAGAUUCUAGUAGGGAAUGGAUUGGCUCAGAUGACCUCUGAGGGCUCUUCCCAUCCUGAAAUGCAAUCCAUGGUAUUAGGAAGUGAGGUAGAGUAGUGCUAGAGAACUGGCUGGGCAGACGAGCUUGCGUGGGUGAGCUGGCCUGUGUUUCUGGUUCCUUAGGAAGUAGCCCACUCUUCAGUUGCAGGCUCCAGCAUCCAUAUCCUGCCCAGAUGAGUGGGCACUGUUCUGCCUCAUCUGUUUCCCAUCUAGCCUAGCCAGUGCCUGGUGCCCAGUGACCUUGGGGAGGCUGGAUGCAGCCCCUGGCCUGUCCCUUAAGCCAUAGUGACUCUGACUCCAAUCCCCAGGAGGGAUGCAGGUAGGCAUGUGCCUCAGUCCUACAGUUCCCAGAGUUGGCUGGUGGUGCCCUCUAGAGGUUCAGAAUAUCAGCUUCAGGAUACUAAGUGUCGGGGUGGGGGUGGGGGACUGGAAUUGGCUGACGAUCAAAGGUUUGUUUAUAGGUGAAAGGAUACCAGGAUGUUGCCAAAGGUGAGGGACAGAGUGUGAUUUGAGGUUAGGGGUAGACUUACCCACACACCAGGGUGAUAGCAAACCUGGAACCCCUAAGGGAGGCUAGGGCAAGCUGAGGUCAGGAUGGGAGAGACUCAGGGAUGGGGUGGGUGGAUGUUUUGGAAUAAAGGGCUGAUCCCGGAGGAUUCCUAGGGCCUUAAGAUUGGGAACACAGGCCCUGUUGGUAAGAAGAUAAGAGAGUGCUCCAGCUUGGUCAAUGAUGAGUGAUCACAUUUACUGAAGUCCCCACUUGCUUUAGGGACCCUUGUAGCAUGGGAGGCUGGGGCUAACGGCUUCUUUCAGAGAAAAGAUACUAUCAGGCCACUAGUUGAAACAGUGGCAUAGAAAAUCCACUUAUACCUGCAUUUUCCCCAAAAAGCCAACAGGAGGCAGCCUUGGGAAGCUGAAGUUCUAUCUGGCUGUUCUCCAUCACUGCCUUUCUCCUCCAGUCCUUUCCUCUAAUCCACUAGAGACUGCCUGUGCCCUGCCUCUUGCCUCCUGUAGAAUUCAGCUCUGGCCUUUAAUAAAUGCUUCCUGCGUC